CGUAAACCUUCACGCAACAUCAUGGUGAGCCUUCACGGCGUGUCUCAUUGUUACUUUUAAAUACUUUCUUUUUAUUGUCACGCUUCAAUGUGUGCCGUGGUGAUAAUUCGGCAGAGUUCGUAUCCGGGUGGGCGUGAAGAUGGCGCUCACCGUGCUGCUGCUGCUGACACUCGUUAUGCUGACACUCGCUGUUGCGGCGUCCGACGAGGAUCAGGUCGCCACCUGUGGCGCCGCUGGCUUCGACGGCGUCUUUCGCAACGUGAACCGCCCGGCCAACCACAGCCGCAUCUUCUACGCCGUAAUGUUUGACGCCGGGAGCACGGGGACCAGAAUUCACAUCUACAAAUUCAUGCACAAGGACUCAGAGGGGCUGCCUGUGUUGGACAAUGAGAUGUUCCACUGGGUGAAGCCCGGUUUGUCAGCGCAUGCCAACUCUCCCGUGACGGCUGCACAUUCGCUAAAGGAGUUGUUGAAGGUGGCCAAGAACACGGUGCCUCGUCCGGAAUGGGAAAGGACUCCGGUGGUGCUAAGAGCCACAGCUGGACUUAGACUGCUGCCUGCACGCAAAGCCCAGACUCUGCUGGACCAGGUCCAACGUGUGUUUGAUGAGUCUCCUUUUUUGGUCCCUGCCAACAGCGUGAGCAUCAUGAACGGCACCAGUGAAGGAAUCCUGGCCUGGAUAUCGCUCAACUUCCUGUCAGGCCACCUUCAUGCUCAGACCACGCAGACUGUGGGAAUCCUGGAUUUGGGAGGAGCAUCCACGCAGAUUACCUUCCUGCCGCACGUCCAGGCAGACGUUGAAAAAGCAGACGAGGUUGUGAGACUACACAUCUUCAACGCCUCCUUUGGAUUGUACACUCGCAGUUACCUUGGCAACGGCCUGAUGGCAGCGCGGCUUUCCACGCUGGGAGCGCCGGGCGCCCGAGCAGGGCCGCCGCAGAGAGUUUAUAAGAGUCCAUGCCUGCCUCGAGAGUUCCAGGACCGGUGGAGCUUUGGAGGGGAGACCUACCAAGUGAGCGGAGACCCAGAUGGUGCAUCAGGAUACGAGGCGUGCCGCCAGGAUGUCUUGAAGACGGUCAAGGGGAUUAUUCAACAACCGCAGCAACCGAGAGACCCCGCCCAUCCUUUCUACGCCUUCUCGUACUACUUUGACCGAGCCGUGGAUGCCGGCCUCGUCGAUGAAGUCCAGGGGGGAACGCUGGAGGUCAGAGACUUCACGAGGAGAGCCCAGGAGGUGUGCAAGAAGAGCAGCAGGGAGGCCGGCAUCAGACCUUUUCUCUGUCUGGAUUUGACCUACAUCUCCUCUUUGCUUAAAGACGGCUUUGGCUUCAAGGAGAACACGCGACUGCAGUUGGCCAAGAAAGUCAACAACGUGGAGGCAAGUUGGGCCCUGGGCGCCAUGUUGGACCACCUGAACAUACGCUGAGCAGCAGGGAGGCGGAGCGUCACCACGUCCCCGUAGGUGGCGCCCUCCGUCGUCAUGGUGACCAGUUCAUGUGGCGGAGAGAGGACCACCACCGAGUCUGCAGGGCCUGAAAGAACCACAGCGGUCAUGUCAACACGUCCCUGGUGAAGGACUCAGCAGGGUGUAUCAUUGUGUGUAUGACUUGUAAAAUACAGUCAUGCGGGGUGUGCCUUAUGUAAGACCGUGUAUUGGACGACAUAAACACAUGGAACACACUUCUGUGACCAUACUUGGAUAAGAGCGCCGGUUUCCCUGUGUCUGCAUAAACAAAUUCUUCCAUAUACAGGUGGCAUGGCAUGGGUGACUACAUCUUCCUUCAUCGCAAGCACAGCCAUUACAUUUGGGUGAAGCUUUAGUAGCACUUUGACACUUUACCAAUAAAUACAUGUACUUUAACUAUUUGCGGCAUGUGUAUUUCAUAUCACUUCAU